AUGACCUCAUUGUUUCUUGGCUCUGUUGUGAGUAGAAGCUUCUUGACACCUAGACCGAGGCUUCCUGAGUGUUUACACAGCCGCAAUUAGGAGCUGAAACUUGACAUUGCCCAGAGGCCCCACUUAUGAUGUGUGUAAACAAUAAUAAAUCAAGUACUGGUUUUAUCCUGAAAUAUUGUCUCAAUUAGCCACAUGUCCUGGGUCUCCAUGGAGGAGUCGAUAGCAUUCCCUCGUUCCCAUAACACCAGCUGUAUGGCCUAGAGUUCAUCAAUUAAAACUAUAAGUGGUUAACACUUCUGUGUGAUACUUCUCUGCCAAAGUUUAUCUGUGUCUUGUUUAAUAUUUCUUUUUUUUUUUGUCCUAAAUGGGAACAUGCCAUGUCAUUUUAGAGACAACAGUAUUCUUAGCUGCAGUUGGUGACCCCUUUUUUGUCAGUUAUAUCUAAGUAAAUGACUAAUGUCAUUUUGGGAAGGAUAAUGAAUCUCUACAUCUGGUUAGAUACCCUUAUAAAUUAUUUUUUGCUAUGCUAUGAAUUACUUGUUUGGCAUAAGUAGUUGAGUGCUGUCCAGGCAAGAUUAAUUUUUGUCCUUGUCCCUAUAUGAAAUAACCGUGUGUGUGUUCCGUUAAAUAUGACACUGAAAUAGAGAGCAUAGACCAUAUGUUCCGGUUUGCAGACGUUUAAGAUCACUUGAGCCAGCAUUUUGUGGAGAAUAGGGGGAGGGUUUAGGAAGUUUUCAUUCGUGUAUGCUAAACCUCUCAUCUGCUUAAAGACUUCUUUCUUAAUCUUUACAAAAUCAUACCACUUUACGAUGUGCCAGUUCAUAAUGCUGUUUAUAACAUUCUUCUGGGGAAAGAAAAUGCUCUGCACAAAUUUUUACCAGUGUUGUUUUCUUGAUUAGGGGAACUGUUAUGACUCUAGCUCAAUAAAUACAUGUAUCUCACUGUUGUCCACACUAUGAAUAGGCUCAUAGAUCUUUCCCUUUCCUGCGUGGGAUAUAAACUGUCUACGAUGUGCCUAUACCAUAGUAUUGCAUUACCAUAAUUAUGCAUGUGUAGUUAAAGUGAUGGAGCUUCUGCCCAUAGGCAAGCACUGAGAUCCUGUUUCAGAAUAGAUCCUGGUUAGUCCAUGUUAGCUACAUGUACACAUUUUAUGGAUUAUACUGAAACAGGAAGCAAAUUGUUGUGAUCAGAUCGGAAAUCUUACUAUGCGUUUGCAGAGUUUGUCAUUACUGGAAUAUAAAGCAACAACAAAUGUGUUUUGAGUGCAUUUUCUAAAUGGCUCCAUAAAAUAAAUAUAACGUUGCAGAAUUAUCCUUUCCUGAAUCUAUGCCUGGCCAUGUAAUUAAAUUUAAAUUUUCAAAAACUUUUGAGAAAAGAAACAAAAAAUUCACAUGUAGUCAGUCUGAAGGAGCAGUUGCACACUUUUAAGUCUCUUUUUUUAAAUCUGUACAAAUAAGUAUAUAUUUUCAUUGUAGACUGCUUUAGCUUUAUGCAUUUUCUUGUCAUCUUACGAUUAAAGUAUCCACGUGAAAACUUCAGUGUAGAUUUUGCGAUGAUUUCUUAACAUAAGCUUCAAUUGUGUGAAUGGCUGGAGGCAUAACUCCGUUUACUUCAUUUGCAAGAGAAAUGCAGUGUGGUUUAGAGAAUAUUACGCUGCACUGAGACUUGAAAGACUGAUUUUAUUCAUUGUCAUUGACCUGCUGAGUGAUUUUUGGGAAGAGGAGGCAUGCAUUUUUUUUAUCUGGGCUUGUGUGUUUUUGUCUCUACAAAUUGAGUAGAUAUAGGUGAAGUGGGUCUUAACUGUGUAGUUAAAGUGCUUUACUGUACUGGAAUUGAUCUUGUUACCAUUUGCUAUGUACUAAUAGAAAAUUUAAGAACUCUUAAAAGUUCUGCAUGUUAUAAUUGCAGUUUUUUUUUUUAAUGUGGAAAGUUCACUUUGGCAUGUAAAAAGUUAGUCUACUUGUGUUUAGUAUUAAAGGUGUAACUUCUAGCCUUUUUUUGUAUUCUAUCUCAUAUAACUUUAAAGAUUUGGGUUUAUCUUUUGAAGUAUUCAUUUCUAAAAAUACCAUUUUAAAACUGAGUCCGUGCAGUCUUCCAUCAGUGAGACAAAAAGGAGUUUGGCAUGAACAGAAUAUAAAUUUUAAUUCUAAAUAUUUAAGUCUUAUACAAUGGAUAUGAAUCUUUUAGAUACUGUUUUUUUUAAUUUUGCUUUCACACAGUAUUUGUUUCCUACUUUCGUUUUUCUAUACUGUAAAUGCAGUGCUGUAAUGUAAUAAUUCUCAUUGCCACUACAGCAAAAUUAGAAGUGUUUAAGAAGCAUUUUAAUUUCUUGGAAAAGAAUAACUCUUUCACUGUUAUUAAAUCAUGUACUAACAGCCAAGUGUGAAUGAUCCACUGAACCAGUAUUGUGACAGUGGAACUGCUUGUUCUAAUGGCUCUGUUAAUGUUCUGAAUGAAAGGAGAUACAGUCCAGAAUGUCUUUCAGAAUAUUAUUUUGUUGAUACGGGAGCCAAAUAAUAGUUCUCCUCCAGAAAGCACACAUGUGAGAGUUUACAAUAAAGUAGAUUAAUAUUUUUCUUUUUGAUAUAAGUAAGACUCAGUUAGUUUUUGUGUAAGAUUUAAAAUUCCACAAAUGUUUCUUUUCUCUUGCAACAGCUGGUUGCUUCAGUCUCAGUUGUUACAAGAUUUUGUGGGUUUACAAAUGCUCAGUCUCUCAGGGGCUUAUUUUACCACAGCUUAUACUGCACAAAAUGCAAAAUAACUCAUCGCUCCUCUUAAGCAGAGGAUUCCAAGAGCAAGCAAAAAGCUGCAGAUAGAAUUCUUUCCUUCACUUACUUGCUGCCAGGUGUUACUAAAACAUUUUACUCGGCCUAGUAUAGUUCUCCCGAAGAUAAUUGAAUGCUGCUAAAGUAGUCCAGUUUUUUAGCACAUUCUUCACUUCAUUCAAUAAUAUUGUUAUCUGUGAUUGCAUAAUGUGCUACUAUAGAAGUGGUUUCAUGUCAUAACUGUAGCAUGCUGGUGUCAUCAAACCCAGCUAGAAGUGGGGGUAGAAGAUAGAAGUAAUGACACCAGGAAUCUGGAAAGACCAAUCUUCUCUUAAUGGAGCAUUGGCAUGCUAUUAUAAAGUGGGUAAAGGGCAGUAACUUGCUUUCUCUGCCAGCAAUUUGGGGAUUACUAAGUCAUGUGUCUUACUGAAGGAUAAAAAGGAAGUCAGUGUUAGAAGUGGAAAUAAAACUUAGGUCUGCUUGCCUUCACACACUUACUUAUCAUCCUUCAUACAAGCACUUUUUUUUGUUUGUUUUUUUUUUUUUAAUAUGACAACGACUCCAGGCCGUGAUGUUCUGAUUUUAUAUACAUAUAUGUGUAAAACAGCUAUUUGCUUUAAAACAGGUAGGCCCUUUAAGUAUAUUAACUAUCAAAAGGUGAUUUUAGCAAAUGGGAGAGAAAUGACUGUGAUAUGACUGCCCUUAACCUCAUAUACUGAUAGGGCUGUACCUGUCAUCUGCGCUUGGCAGUAAAUUCAGGCAAAAAUAAAUAGAAUGUGGCAGCAUACUAUUGGUGUACUAACAUAGGGAUCAAUUUUUAUACCACUAAAUUUUAGUUUGCUUUGUUUUGGAGUUUUUGGAAUUGUCUCUGUUUAUUUCUUGAGAACAUAGGGAAUUAAGAACAAAAUCUGGCCACGCUUUACAUCCUGCUUAACUUUUUUCAAGUUAUAUAGUAAAUGAAACAAAGGGAAAAGGGUAUCAUAAUACUUCCUAUCGCAAAAUAAAGUUCAAGUCUUUUAUAUUUAUUUUCCAAAGAAACGAGGGAUUUAUAAGACAGACAUUGGAGCUUUAUACAUGCAUGACGUGCCUAGAGAACAGGGGAACGAAAACGUGCGCGCUGCUUUUUUUAUUUAUGUUCUAUAACUAAAUAAGUUGAACUCCCAGAUCAGUCUGUGAUCACUAUAUUCAUACAUAUUCUAGGCCAUGACAGUAGUAGUACCAGGAGUAAGGUUACUUGGUGGUUUUUUGUUUUAAGAUGUUGUUUUCAGUUGCUUAUAUUUUAGUCAUACUGAAAUUUGCCAUGAUGCAUAUGUUUGAGGAGGGUUAUUCCGGAAAGUUUAAGCUAAAAUGAUGCAGCACUUUGAAAACUGACAUUAAGAGAAAGUAAAUAUGUUAAUUUAAAAGGGAAAAAAGAUGUUUGAUUGGUUUAUUUAAAAGAAUAUCCACACUUGAUAGCUAUAAUUUAGAGCUGCAGAGGAGGGGAACAGAGUGUAUGGCUGUUCCUAGAGAAACCUUAACAAAUUAAAGCUCUUGGAAGAACUGGUUCAUUCGUAUUACUUGGCAAAUAUUUAUUAACUAAAUUAUCUGAAUAUUCCGUGUAACGUGAGUAUCUUCCUGUCUGUUGGUCCUUGCAUGUCACCUGACUGUGCAGUCAUCAUCUGGACCAAGUAGUUAAGCAUGAUGCAUCACACAGAAGUAGGUGAUGGUGAAAACUUCAGUCACGAUAUGUCUUUCAAGUGAUGAAGAAAGCUGUCAUUGGUUAUGGUUUGAUAGUUUCUGUCCACUGCCUUGUGCGUCAGUGGAAUUUGCUUCGCUGGAAUGAGAUAAUGGCCUCUUCAAUCAGUUGAAAGAAAGGGAAUGUUUUAGGAUGAUUGGACAUAAUUAACAUUUUAUUAAACAUGAUGGCAACACAGACAUUAAGUAUAGAUAACUAUCAAGAUGGACAACAGAUGCAAGUAGUAACAGAAUUAAAAACUGAACAAGAUCCAAACUGCUCUGAAACUGAUGCAGAAGGGGUGAGUCCUGCCCCUGUAGAAUCUCAGACUCCAAUGGAUGCAGACAAGCAGGCUAUUUACAGGCACCCGCUAUUUCCCUUGCUAGCAUUAUUAUUUGAAAAAUGUGAACAAUCUACACAAGGUUCAGAAGGCACAACUUCUGCUAGUUUUGAUGUAGAUAUUGAAAAUUUUGUAAGGAAGCAGGAGAAAGAAGGAAAACCGUUUUUCUGUGAAGAUCCAGAAACUGAUAAUCUGAUGGUUAAAGCAAUCCAAGUUCUACGUAUCCAUCUACUUGAGCUAGAAAAGGUUAAUGAGCUCUGCAAGGAUUUCUGUAGUCGCUACAUUGCCUGCCUGAAGACAAAAAUGAAUAGUGAAACGCUAUUAAGUGGAGAGCCUGGAAGUCCUUAUUCGCCUGUGCAAUCUCAGCAAAUUCCAAGUGCCAUUGCAGGCACACUCAGUCCCCAAGGGAUUAUGGUGCCAGCAUCAGCAUUGCAGCAGGGAAAUGUAACUAUGGCAACAGUAGCAGGGGGGACAGUGUAUCAGCCAGUCACUGUGGUCACUCCACAAGGUCAAGUGGUGACACAAGCACUGUCACCUGGGACUAUUCGGAUCCAGAAUUCUCAGCUUCAGUUGCAAUUAAACCAAGAUCUAGGCAUCUUGCAUCAAGAUGAUGGCUCGUCAAAAAACAAAAGAGGAGUUCUUCCCAAGCACGCUACAAAUGUGAUGAGAUCUUGGCUUUUUCAGCACAUAGGGCAUCCAUAUCCAACAGAGGAUGAGAAAAAACAGAUUGCAGCACAAACAAAUUUGACACUACUCCAGGUUAACAACUGGUUUAUCAAUGCUAGAAGGCGAAUCCUUCAGCCAAUGCUGGAUUCCAGUUGUUCUGAAACUCCAAAAACAAAGAAGAAAACAGCUCAGAACAGACCGGUUCAGAGGUUCUGGCCUGACUCCAUUGCUUCAGGAGUUGCUCAGCAGCAAUCUAACGAACUUACAAUGUCAGAUGGUGCUGUUGUAACAAUUACAGCUCCAGUCAACAUGAAUGUAGACAGUCUCCAGUCUCUGUCAUCCGAUGGUGCUACUUUGGCUGUUCCGCAGGUUAUGCAAAGUGAGGACGAGUCUGUAGACAGCGGCGAAGAUGAUGGAGGCGAUCUCUCAACGACAAAUAUCAGUGGGCUGGUUUUGGAUAACAGCGAUUCUCUGCAGUAGGAAGCAAGAUGGAGUGACAGAACGUUUAGGAAAAAGAAUGAACUGACUGACUGUUUUUAUAGUUUGCACAGCAAACAUUUUACACAAGUUUUAUUUCUAAUAUGUUUUAUAUGUAGAUAUAGAAGGGUGCACUUUUUUGUAUUUCAUAGUAAGCUUAAAGAGUGUUUUUGCAGGUGCAGCAACUUCUUUCAAAUGUGGUUUUUUUUCAUUUCUUUUCAUUUUCUUAUUUCAGAAAAUUAUAUCUAGUAAUAUAAAGAACCACGUAAGCACCCCUUUGUUCUCUAAUGAAUUGGAAGUGCUGCAGUUUCUAAAGAAUUAUGCAGUUUCAAUUAAUGCUGUUAUUUAACACAGCUCUUGAUGGGCAGGUAAUGUAAAUUUAAAGCAUGUGACACUAGUGUGUGGAACUUGAUCAUUAAGUUAGAUGCAUAUAUUUGAAAGAUGCUUCUGCACCUUAAAAACUGCUAGUCUGAGGUGGACAGCAACACACAAAAAGAAAAUGGUGAUGUGUGAUUCAAUAGCGAAUGUAUGGCAAUUUAAAUAAGUUUAGUUUCUCUCAUAGUCAGUGAGCCUGUUUAUCAUUUGCUAUAAAAACUCCUAUUUUUACCUUGCCGGGAUUAUUGGAUAAAAAAUAUUUUUAUAAAUUCAUUAGGAAUUGGGAUGACGACUGUAUUAAGCAGGAGAAAAACAAAUUUCCAGAGGGGAAAAAUAAAUGUUUAGUAUUCCUAUUUGGAAGGUCUGAAAACUGACCAAAUUUAAUAAACAAGACUACACUAGUGUUCUAUGAUUCUCAGCUAUCCCAUAGUGGUAUAGUAUAUUUGAUAAUAGCCUCAGAACAGCCCACUGUUUGAUGGGAUUUUGAUAUUGUCAAACUUUGAUUUAUAUUAUGUGUAAACUAAUAUUCAAAUAACAUUAACGCUGUAUCUAAACUUGUAUCUGAAGAUGUUUGCUGAAUGAGUAUUCAGGUAAGUAAAUUCAAAUACCCAGAACACUUCCAGUUAUUAGAGAAAUUUAACAGUUUAUAGUUUGUCUGUCUGAUUCUAAAAAAAUGAAAAGUUACCUAUUAUACAGUGUUGAAUUUUGCUAUCUUUUUGCUGUUUCAUUGCAUUUGAAAUAUUUUUUCCCCCAGCACAAAAAGAAAUAAUUUAUGGAUUUAGAUGAAAUUUCUUCAAAGCUGAAGGUCACUACCAGAGUAUACAGCAGGCUUAUUUUAGAGUAGGAGAUCCUUGUGUGUCCUUUAAAAACUAAGAACUUGUGAUGAAAGCACUUUUUUUUUGUGGUAAUAGAUCAUUUCUUUUUUCCCAAAGUUUGGAGUCUGUGUCUCUCUAGCCAUGAACACUUACUUUUGGAACUUGAUAUUUCCUGUUACGAAGUACAAGUAACAGACUCCAAGAGUCUCACGGUAUGAUCAAGAUCCUCUUUUCCUCCCAGUCCAAUUGUCCCUAUUUAGGUUUAGAUCAAAGCCAGAAAUUCCUUCUGAUUUAGACCAAAUCUAGUUGCAUUUCUAACAUAAUAGGGAAAAGGAUGUUAGCUUUUAGAGUCUUAGGCACCGUGUUUGAGCAAAGUCCUUUAGCGAAUGCAAAGAUUGAAUUAACUUAAUUUUUGCUUCACAAAAUGCUCAGGCAUGUGCGUAGGUCCCAUUGAUUUCAAUAGGAUUAAAGCAUAUAUUUUCUGACAUGCUGAAAUGCUUGGAAGCAGAUCUUUAAAGACUGUCUCACAAGUCAAUUUUAAGUCAGUAUGAAGAAAGAUUUUGGAAAGAAAUGUCCUACUAGUGACUAGUAACUGUUUUGAAAAAUUGAUGUUGGGCUUUACUCAACACGAGUGAUGUUUCUGCAAUGGCUUUCAUUUACUCCCAGCUGCGGGUUAUGCUUCUCGGUUCAAAUGCAGUGAUUAUAUACUCCAGCUGGAUUAUAAUUUCUAAAGAAUGUGUUUUAUUCUAACUUUUCCACUUUGCCACUGAUGUGCCAUGCUUAUUAAAGAGCAUAGUAAAUGAAUAAUGAAAGAUUUAAUUAGGAAGACUUUGGCGUAGCAUGACUAACUGAAAAGGCUACUGUCAACUCCAGUUUGACCCCAAAGUAUUUAAAGAGACAAUUAUUGUUUGCAAAUCAUGCUCCUCUGGAAACAUUCGACCUACUGUUCCUACAAAUGAUACCUGAGAUGACUAGAACAGCAACAGAUUCUGUAUUUUUCUUUUAAGUUACUUUUGUUUUAACUCCUCGAGCACUUUGUCACCCUCACAGUUUCUAUUAUAUAAUUGAUUUUGUUUGUUGGUUUGUGUAGGGGUUUUAUUCAGGUACCCUUGUUCAUGUUAAAUAGUGUGUUAAUCCUAACAUUUCUAGUAUGCAGACAGACGAAUAAUCUACUUCUCAGCGUGUACAGGGCUGUGAACAAACAUGCUUUUCCAGAUCAGCCUAUGCUGGAGGAAUAGGUAAUUGCUCACUUCCUGCUUUCUCUCUGACUAGAGUUGUUGCUGCUUCAGAUCUACCAGCAGAGCUUUCCCCAGCCUGCUCCGAGGGAGGCUGGAGAACAGCUCAGCCAGCUUAUCUCUGAGGGUAGCAAGCAGUGCAGGGAAGGGCAAAAUUGGGUAAAACUUCUGUGGUUUAUAGAUAUGUAACAGGCAUUUGCCUGUCCUUCGAGACUAGCAGAACUGAGAUCAUAAAAAAAAAGAGGACAUCGAUACCAUUUGAUAUGUAUAUAACUGACUGGAAGAGGGUUCAGAAAUAUAUGCAGUUUUUUCUGACAUUUUGAACCCGGUUGGAAGCAACCGGGCUUCAGAGCUUACAAAUUUCUGGAAGUUUAAUUUUUGGAACAAAUUAUUAUCUGAUUAAUUGUUUUCAUUUUUUUUCCUCUGCUUGCACCAGAAGUUUUAUUCUGCUGAAAUGUUUGCGACCUUAUCUUCAACUAGUGUAUAAAUACCUGGAAAGUGAAGCUAACUGGCGAGUUACUAUGAAAGGGAGAAAAUGGAGUAGUUAUAUUGGUAAAUUAGGGAAAACAAAAAAAGCGAAGUGAAUUAUUAAAACUGAAAAAACUUUUCAGUUUAGUCAAAGGUAUCACAACGCAUGAAACUCAAACCUCUUAAUUCAGUUAGAAUGUUGCAGUUGAUAUGAACUGCAUAGAAGUACUUGUUCUUUUCAUGACUUUAAAAAGAAAAAAAAGUGCUAUUCUUCCCUUUUUUUACUCUGUAAGAAAGAUUACUGGUUUAAGGGAAGCAUUGCUGUUCGGGAAAGGUAGAUGUUUACAUUAGACAGUUAGUUACAAAGUCUUCAUAGAGGACCUAACUUUAAACCCAUAUAUAAUUCUCCCCUUCCCACCCAAAGCAAUUAAAGUCACAUUCAUACAUAAUAGAAGAGCUAGUUUGUUUUAAAAAUCAGUGUAACUCUUCUGCAAUUGUGAUUAUUGAAACUCAAUCUUUUUUCAAUAUAAUCUAGAUAAUUAGCCCAAAAUAGGGUUCUCAGUCCACUUUUUUCCAAGAUUUCUGUCGAAAGCAAGCCAAUUUCCUGUUAUUCUUUAACCUUAGGAACAUUGCAUUUAGUAAAUCAAUUCCAAAUUGAUCAGUGUAUAUUUAAAAAUGACUGCUCUAAAUAAAUAAUCAUGUUUAGAAUUAAACAUUUAGGGUUGGCAGGCAUGGCUCUGGCUCUGCAGACAGUUUCCUAGAUCUGGAUCAAAGAGACAUCAAAGAGACAUCUAACUAAGCUCGGGGAUGUGCCAUAAGGAUACAUCUCAACUGCGAGAGAAUUGCUCACUUGUUCUGGUCCCUGCUUAUGAUUAGGAAGCUUUUGGAGAGCCCUCCAACUUUCUCCUGCCUGCAUGCCUCCCUUUGCUUCUGAAACUGUGGUAGGGGUGAGGGCAUGAGAGGGGCAAGAGUGUUUGUGGAGCUGGUGUGCACCAGGUAUUCUUAAGUCAGGCUACGGCCAGAAGAUGCACCUAGACCGAGGAAUUAGAGUUCCUAGUUCCUGUGAUUUAAAAGUAACUUUGGGUUUAUGGAUCUUCUUACGGAGCAGGGUCACCGAGUAAAUGCGUGAAUAAUAUAAUGUGUCUCUAAUCACAUG